GGUAAACUCGGCAGAGAUGGCUCAGCGGGCUAGACGGCGCAGUGCAAUAUUUUCCUGAACGAACUAGGAGCCGACAACGUCGCCAUUACUGUCGAUCUUCAUGUGCAAGUUUUCCGUUCAUCUCGUGCCUUUAUUUGGAGUUAAGGGGCAGACAACGUCGCCAUUACUGUCGAUCUUCAUGUGCAAGUUUUCCGUUCAUCUCGUGCCUUUAUUUGGAGUUAAGCCGAAGCUCUUGGCUGAAUUGGGAUUGCAAACACUUCUGUGCUGUUUCAGGAUUACACCGUGGGGAAUUCGGGGCUUUCAAUGUAACUGA